UAGCAAACGAAAGAUGUAUGAUGUCAACAACACAAUUCAAAUCACUCACAUGGGCCGCGUAGAUUGUUUACAAUAUGAAUAGACUUGCCGUCUUAUUUUUUAAAUAUCAUGCUCGCAACUAUCAUUCACAUCGAGGAAUAUAUGGUUUUAGAGUUCAGUCAAGUACAAUUUUGAAUUAUGACAAUUCUAGCUUACCUACAAACUUUGCAAACAAAGUGUAUCAAGUUACAGAAGCAUUUAGGAAUAAUGGAUAUAGGAUUGCAAAUCUGAAUCCUCUUGGAGAGCCUAAAAACAUAUAUCUUUCUUCUCUGGAUCCACUAAAUUAUGGCUUGGAAAGCAAUGAAAGAAUAUCCUUAUCAGGAAUACUUCAUUCAAAUGAAACUGAAACUAAUUCUGAAGAUUUUUUUCUGAUGUUGAAAAGAAUCUACUGUGAUAAAAUAGGAAUUGAAUUUCAGCAUUUACAUGAAAAUGAAAAAGAAUGGCUUGCAAGAGAAUUUGAAAAAAUCCAACUUGAACAUACAAUGUCUUGUCAAGAGAAAAAGGAUUUAAUAAAUGAACUUAUCAAAUCUCAAAUCUUUGACAAUUUUUUGGCAACAAAAUUUGCAACCGUAAAACGAUAUGGUGGUGAAGGGGCAGAAAGUAUGAUUGCAUUUUUUCUUGAAGUGUUUCGCCAGUCUUGUAUAGAUGGACUGAAAGAUGUCAUUAUUGGCAUUCCACAUAGAGGGAGAUUAAAUUUAUUAACUGGUCUUCUUGAUUUCCCUCCAGUUGUAAUGUUCAAAAAGAUGUUGGGAUUUUCAGAAUUUCCUGCUGGCAUUGAUGCUACUGGAGAUGUAUUAUCUCAUUUGACUGGGUUGACUGAGUAUAAAUAUGAAGACAAAUCAGUGCAUAUUACAUUACUUCCUAAUCCUUCACAUUUAGAGGCUGUUUCACCUGUUGUUGCUGGGUAUGCUCGCAGUCGUCUUCAAAGCUUAAAGCUGGCUGACUAUGGAAGUGAUUCAAUGAAUGAGUUUAAAUAUCCAGUUCUACCUAUACAGGUUCAUGGAGAUGCUUCAUUUUCAGGUCAAGGAGUAGUCAUGGAAACCAUUGCAAUGUCUAAUGUUCCUCAUUAUUCUGUUGGAGGAUCAAUACAUCUCAUAGUCAAUAAUCAAAUUGGUUUUACUACUCCACAAGAAAGAGGAAGAUCAUCACCAUAUUGUAGUGAUGUAAUGAAAAUGAUUGGUGCUCCUGUUAUUCAUGUAAAUGGAGAUCAUCCUGAGGAAGUUUUAAAAGCAACAAGAUUGGCAUUCAGUUACCGUCAGAAAUUUAAGAAAGAUGUCAUGAUUGAUCUGCAGUGCUUCAGACGUUGGGGUCACAAUGAAUUAGAUGAUCCUACCUUUACUAAUCCUAUGAUGUACAAAGUUAUACAUUCCCGUAAAAGUGUUCCUGAUAUCUAUGCUGAAAAGCUUAUUGAUGAAGGGCAUGUCACUAAAGAAGAGAUAGAUGAGAUGACCUCAAAUUAUCACAAUAUUCUCAAUGAGAAUUUGAAAUUAUCACAAACUCAUGAAACAAAGUUGACUGGCAUGCAGAUAAACUGGAAAAAAGAUCUCACAUUAAAAGAUGCCAUUUCUAUUUGGGACACUGGAAUUUCUAUUGAUCUUUUGAAAUAUAUUGGUGCUAAAUCUGUACAACUUCCUGAUAAUUUUAAUAUUCAUCCAACACUUGAAAAAAAUUUUGUACAAGAACGUCUAAAAAAAUUAAUGAAAGGAAAUCAAAUUGAUUGGGCUACUGCCGAAGCAUUGGCAUUGGGAUCAUUGCUGUUUCAAGGACAUAAUGUUAGAAUCAGUGGCCAAGAUGUUGGAAGAGGAACUUUUAGCCAUAGACAUGUCAUGUUGGUCGAUCAAAAUUCUGGAGAAAUCCAUGUGCCUUUAAAUCAUAUGACAGAAGCUCAGAAUUCAUAUCUUGAAGUUGCAAAUAGUAUUUUAUCUGAAGAAGGGGUCCUAGGUUUCGAAUAUGGUUUUAAUGUAGAAAAUACCGAUAAUUUGACAAUAUGGGAAGCACAGUUUGGAGAUUUUUUUAAUUCUGCUCAAGUUGUUUUUGAUACAUUUAUUUCAUCUGGAGAAACAAAAUGGCUUCUACCUAGUAAUAUAGUUAUACUGUUACCUCAUGGUUAUGAUGGGGCAGGCCCUGAACAUUCAUCAUGUAGGAUGGAGAGAUUCCUCCAAAUGAGCGACAGCAAUGAAAAGAAAAUAGACAGUGAUGAUGUAAAUUGGCACAUUGCUAAUCCUACAACACCUGCUCAGUAUUUUCAUCUUCUCAGAAAUCAAGUUAUAUCAAAAAUUUUGAAACCGCUGAUAAUUGUGGGGCCAAAAGUGCUCUUGCGCCAUCCCUCAGCAAUUUCUUCUAUGCAAGAAAUGGGACCAGGAUCUAGUUUCAAAUCUGUUAUAGAAGAUAACAGUGUGAGUGCUAAAAAUGUUAAAAGAGUUAUUUUUUGCUCUGGAAAGCACUUCUAUUUGCUUCAAAAAGAGAGGGAAAAUCGAAAUUUGAAGGAUUGUGCAAUUAUUCGAUUAGAGAAACUAUGCCCUUUUCCUGCAGAAAAUCUUCAUAGUAUCGUUAAGCAGUAUACUAAUGCUCAAAAUUUCAUAUGGAGCCAAGAAGAACAUCAGAAUAUGGGACCUUGGUCUUUUAUCGAGACUCGAUUUCGUAAUCUCCUUGGAUGUCAGCUGAAAUAUGCUGGCAGAAGACCUUUAUCAACACCAGCUGUUGGAAUUGGGAAAUUACAUCAAGAUGAAGUGCAUUUCCUUCUGGAUGAAACUUUUAAAUGAUUGCCAAAUUUUUAUAAUGAGCUUUAUAAUGAAACAUGUAAUUAAAAAUUAUUUUGUAUUGAAAGU